GAGCUACUGCUGGGACGUCAAGUGAGGAACCGCUCAUUGAUGAAUGAAAAGACCGAAGAGGAUAAUGUAGAAAGAAGAAGGAACAACGAAACAAUGGAAAGGUUUAACCAGCAUCACGGAGCACAGAAGAAAGAAUACCAAUCCGAAGAAGUCGUCUGUGUUCAUGCUUAG